AUGCUCCUCAUAAUACUUGAAUGGCGAUCUGUGGACUGGAAACAGAUUUCAGCUGCGUUCCUCCGGCUUGGAGUUCCAGACCCUUUCCUAUACUCUGAAAUCGAUAACGGUCCACUCUCAGUUCUGAUGGUACCUCAGUCGACGCCUCUAUAUUUCAGAGAGCUUUCGAAUAACCUUCACUCCAUUGUUGGGUCCAAUCUCGUCGUUUGUCGACUAUACAAACCAUACGGUGAAGCCUGGACCAAUCCGGUUCAGCAGCCGCACUCUUUUCAUAGCCAUUAUCUCGUCAUCAACGCGAUGACGCCCUCGGUUGCAACCGAAACCCAAUUUAACGAUUGGUAUACGAAAGAGCACAUCCAUCUUCUCAGCAAGGUUCCCUCGUGGCUAUCUUCUCGGAGAUUUGCUCUCGUGGAGACGACGGAGGAGAUGGGAGCUCCGCAGUAUCUCGCUCUUCAUGAAUGGGCAGAUCUGGCUGCCUUUGAGAGCAAGGAGUUCCUGUGUGCCACAAAUACGACCUGGAGAACGGAGGUGAUAUCUCAAAUUGUACAGAAGGAACGUUGGGUGAUGGAGUUCAAAGGUUCAUCAGAGCUUGGAGAAGUCCGAGGACAUACAGCGGCGCGGAACAUAUGA